GCGCUCAACAGACCCAGGUCCAUGUCAAAGGAGGGUUUCCUGUUGCUUCACGACGAGGGCCGCCGCAGCCACAUCUACUACUGCGUGCUGGGCGAAGGCAAGCUGCAGUUCUACAACAAACGUGACCGCGGCGUGAUGGUCCGAGAGGUCGUCCUCUCACGCUCGAGACUCAAGGUACGAGGGAUCCCGGACGUGGACGGCCGCGGUUGCCCCUACAGUUUCUCCGUCAGGCUACAGCGGUCAAGGAUCCGAGACGGCAGGGUUCUGGUGUAUGGUACUCCCGUGCUGCUGGUGAUGAGCGCUCCAACAUGGGGAGAGCGCAAGGCCUGGGGUAACGCCAUCCACGCCUGGCAACGCAACUAUUGGGGCGAACCUCAGCACAAGGCGCUGGGUCUGGCGCCCGACGAGCUGGAGGUGCUCUUUGAGACGCAGUUUAAAGCCUUGCAGAUGGUGCUGCAGACUGCGGUGCCUGAGUCUAUCAAGCAGGAGCGAGGGCGGCCAAAGAAACAGAGAGCCACGGCUGCGGCGGCAGCGGCUGCAACAGUGCCCAAGGUGCUGUUUGGGAGAGCACAGGCGGUGAAGAAGGUUGGCAAUAAAGUGAGCAAGAAGUUGAGGGAGAAAGCGGUCACGUUCUCGCUACCGCCGAUGGGGCUGAGCGUGUCCACAUCUGUGCCGACGGUGUAAUUGAGGGAGCGCUCGUGUCGGGGCUCUGGUAGAAAGGAAGUGGAUGGAUUUUUCUAAUUUAUACAUGCUUUGUUAAAGUAA